CCCUAGACACCAUAACACCCACACCGUCAUACCGCAACCACCCACCCGACCAAACGCUCGUUCUGAACCGCGUUCCUUCCCGCAACACUAGAACUAGAAAGCUCGAAAAAAGCGCCUUUUUCGAGGAUGACACCCGCUGGAAAUAUUCUUUCCUCACGCGGCAAGUUAUCAACAGUAAGUUCAAGAUUUGAUGAAUUGUGGGAAACACAACGGUUGAUGUAAUAGACCGAAAACUGUAACUGAAUUAGUGUUUCAGACCUGGUUCACAAAAUCAUUAUUUGUUAGUUUUAGAUUCGGGUGGAAAAUACAGAGCAUAUGCCUCGGAAUUCGGUGAAGAUGAAUGGUUGCUAGAGGGUCAUUUUAUAGAGGGGAAAAUCUGGUGUCAGGUGGGGUUAAUUCACACCACGGCCCGUGGAAGAUAGGCAGAGAUAUUCGGCACCGAUGAGGCUGAUCGCUGCUAUAGUAGAGGCGCGCAUACGGAACUCCCAGCCGACGGGGACCGAGGGGCACCACCAUCAGGGCCUCUCUUUCUAGCUGCUGCUACGGUGUUGGGACACCCGCCUUACUCUCCCUCUCCGGUCCUUCAGGAGUGAUGUGCCUCGCCCUCUGAAAAGCAGGGAGGGGAGGGCAGCGCCAGGUGGCUCGUCCCUCCUGUGUGUGUGCAUGUAUUGGUGUAUGUGUGUGUGUGUGAUCUGUACUGGAACUGGUGCCAAUACCAUAAGGUUUGGCAGAAUAGCAGAUAUUUUCAUUAACAGAUGGUUGUAAUAUUUAUGAAUGUUUUCCUUAGCAUUAAUGAGUGACUCUACAGCGACAAAGUAAACAAGAAGUCGGCCUAAAUCGACAGCUACAUCUACAGAUACAGAGAAGUCAACUCGUCCAAUGACAAAUCCGGCCGAGGAAAAAUGAGAACUAAAGAAAAGAAUAUUGACUUAGAAAUAAGGAGAAAGAGCGACUCUGUGAAGACGAUGGGCCAGGCCAGGCGGAGACCGCAACCGCCAUGGAUAUCGCCGACGGUGCUAUUCGUUCUGUGCUCGUUGUUGCCCAUCUGCUGGGCAGCAGUUACUCCAAUGGAAAUAGAAGUGACGGUUCCUCCACUUCUGGAAGCCCAACCACCUAAGGGGGAGGUCCUAUUCACGGUCAAUCACGAUCCCGACCAAGAUCCAGAUCCGUUCACGCUGCCCUGCAAAGCCAAAGCACUCCCAGCCCCCAGCUACUCGUGGGUGAAAGAUGGCGAGCCGUUCGAUCCCGAAGAUGCGGGAGAGGACAGCGAGGGAAAAAACCGAGUCGAGAUGCUCGACGGGGAAGGAAGCUUGGUCUUCCAUGACCCAAGACCUGGAGACGAAGGCGACUAUCAGUGCAUUGCUGAAAACAAGGUCGGUAAAGUCCACAGUGACGUAGCCAUGGUGCGAAGAGCUGUUCUGGGCAAUUUCCCAAAAGGAGAUCCUCGAGUGGUCACCGCUACUUUAGGGCAGCCUUUGGGACUCCCUUGUACCCCUCCUGAGGGAUACCCAGAGCCAACUGUACAUUGGGUUCUACAGAAUUCUGACGGUUCACUGCGCAGUCUGGAAUCUCCCCGACUGACAGUAGACGAGGAAGGCACCUUAUGGUUCAGCUACAUCACCCCAGAGGACGCUUCUGAAGAUGCCCUCUAUGCCUGCGCUGCUUCUUCUGCCACUAGUUGGUACCAAAUGUUCCUGGUACACGGCGAAGAAGGAGUCCCCGAGGUGCACGAAGAGGCCCCGGAGAGUGGCGUCAUCACGUCUCUUAAUUUGCCGACGGAGUACCGGAUGGGAAAUUGGGUGUAUCUUAACGUCAGCUUUCCCGGCGACGACGACGAAGCCACCCUGCCAGAGGACCCCGUCGCUCCCGUUAAACAGCACGUCAGCUCCCCCGAAGUGACGACCUUGGCCGGAGAGGAUGUCAAGUUGUAUUGCGUCUAUGGAGGAUACCCAGUGCCCAGCGUCAAAUGGUGGCGUGAGAGCCGCGCCGACGUGGAAAAUGACCAGCUGGAGUACAACGGCAAAGUUCUCAACCUUGCGGAUAUCUCUGAGGAGGACAUGGGCUCAUACUACUGUCAAGCCACCAACGAGGCUGGAGAGGGAGAGACUCAUCACUUCACCGUCUACGUCGAGGCUGCUCCUCACUUCGUGGUAGAACCUGAGGUCGUCAACUUACCAGAGGGAGAAUCAGCCACCUUCCACUGCGAAGCUCGUGGUGACCCCGAGCCAACCAUCACUUGGACCAAGGACGGAGAAGUUAUGGAUUCUCACGAUACGACGAUCGUCUUCGACACUCUGAGUCUGGACCAUAAAGCCGUUAUAUCUUGCAACGCCUCCAACGCCCACGGAUAUGUCUACAAGAGCGUCUACCUCAACGUUUUGUCCCUCCCUCCCGAAUGGAUGUCAGAACCAGAGGAUAUCGCCGUGCUUGAAGAGUCAUCUGCUAUCAUAGAAUGCCAAGCCUUUGGAUCUCCUGACCCUGAUAUCACGUGGUUCAGAGUAGACGACGACGAAGAGGUCGAAAUUCACGACGAAGAUCCAAGAUACGACAUCAAGGAUGACCGGCUCGUCAUCAAGUCUGUGAAUGAACAGUCCGACGGCCGUUACGUCUGCAAAGCCACAAACAAGUUUGGGUCUCUUGAGGCUGAUGCGGAAGUCUCCAUCCGCAGUCACACCAGCGUUGAAGUGAGCGUGAUCCACGAGCGUGUGGAAGCCGGAAACCACGUGACCCUCGAUUGUGAAGUCAAGUAUGACGAGGCACUAGAACCCAAAAUCACUUGGCUUCAUGAUGAAAAGGAGAUUGACUUGGAUGACGAUAACUACCAUCUGGGAAAAAGGGACAAAAGCAGUGAUGAUGAUGAUGAUGACGACGACGACAAGGAAGACGACCGUGAGGAAGCCACUUGGGUCCUGGAAAUCAUGCAAGUGCACGGGGAGGACUCCGGCGUCUACACGUGUCGCGUCCAGACAGAUUUAGACACAGUUACUCACGACCUUAUCCUUAACGUCGAAGAUGCGCCCAAUCCACCCAAACUGAAAACCGUGAAGUGCGAAGAGCACACGGCCUUCCUAGAGUGGGCGUCAACGGGAGACAACAACGCUCCCCUCCAGGGAUACGUCAUCCAGUACAUCACCCAGUUCCAUCCGGAUGACUGGAAAGAUGCCGAAAACCAAAUUCCGUCCGGCGAGACGACCUAUUCUUCUCGCUUCCGCACCAUGGCUCUUGUUCAAAUGAGUCCUGGAAUGAACUACACCUUCCGGGUUCUGGCCUUUAACCGCGUCGGGAUGUCGAACCCUAGUGAUGACACGUACGAGUGUGCAUCCCCUGGGAUACCACCAAGCCACCACCCUCACAACUUGACGGUAGUUCCUAAUGCCCCCGGCUCUCUACAUGUCUCUUGGGAUGUCAUGGAGCAAGAAGAACACAAUGGACCAGACUUCCACUACAAGGUGUUGUGGAAGCCAGUUGACAAUGACACGUCACCCGACGAAGCUGAGACAACACCACAGGAAGACGAAGACGAUGAUGGAGAUGAUGACGAUGAAAAUGGGGAUGAAGACGCAGAUGGUGAUGACGAUGAUAAAACCGAGGAUGGGUGGCAUUUUAUGAUUAUAGAAGACUGGGAAGAGAAUGAGGUUGAUAUCGAAAAUCUGCCUCCAUACAAAGAAUAUGAAGUGGUAGUCGAGGCCCACAACACCUACGGCGAAGCCCCUGAAGCUGCAGAACCUAUCCAAGAGCAUUCUGGUCAGGACGUUCCUGAAGAGGCACCGACAGAGGUAGAAGCCAUUGAUGCUGACGCUACAGAAGUGGUCCUCACUUGGGAGCCAGUCGAUGAGGACUCAGUUCACGGACUUCUUCUUGGUUACCAGAUUGAGCUCUGGGAAGCUGACGAGGACGAGAAUGAUGCCCAGAAGAUCCUCACCACCGGUCCGGCUACGCGGGCAGACCUCAAGGACCUCAAACCCUUCACAGAAUACAAUGCUCGCAUCAGCGCCGUCAAUUCCGCUUACUCGGGACCUCCCAGCUCUUUGGUUCAUUUCAAAACUGCCGAAGGAGAAUCUGGACCAGUCACGAAAUUCGAGGUCCAGCAAUUGGGCUCUGAGAGUCUACUGGUGAACUGGGAAGCACCAGAGGAAACCAACGGCAUCACCCGCGGCUAUAAGGUCGAGUACCAUCUGGUCGAAGCUGACGGAGAGGAAGGCCCCGUUCUCGAAUACACAGCUGAUGAACUGCUGCCAGACAACACACUCAUCAAGUUGGCAAACUUGCAAGAGGGCGGAAAGUACCGUGUCACAGUUGCUGCUGUUAAUGGUGCCGGCACUGGCGAAGAAUCGUCCAUGGAAGUCCAGCUGCAGGAGAUAAAGCCCCGUCGUCCAGCUAUUCCUGUGUUCACCUGGUCGCUCGUCCAAGAAGACGAAGAUGAAUUCACGGACAGGGACGGUGACGGCGAUGUCGACGAAGAGGACAUCAGAAACAAGAAUGUCAUCAUCGGCGACACCAACAACGAUGGAGAAAUAAACAGAGAUGACGUCCUGGAUGUCGAUAAUGACGGUGACAUUGACGAGGAUGACUUCAACGUAGCUGACAUUGAUAAUGACGGUGACGUAGACAAGGAUGAUGUCAAGGCUGCAGACAGGGACGACGACGGCGACGUCGACAUUUCUGACAUUGGUGACGAGGACGGCGACGGUGACUUCGACGGCGCUGACGUCAUUGCUGCGGAUGAAGACGGCGACGGCGACAUCGAUGCCUCUGAUGACAAUGAGGAAGACACCUUGCUGGAAGAUAGAGAUCAAGAUGGGGACAUCGACCGAGAUGAUGUCACCGACCUCAACAGAGAUGGUGUCAUUGAUGAGGAGGACUUUGAAGCUGCUGACGUCGAUGAUGACGGUGACAUUGAUGCCGAUGAUCUUCGCAUUGCUGACAAGGAUGGUGAUGGUGAUAUUGAUGCCGCAGACAUUGCCGAUCUUGAUGGUGACGGUCGCCUUGAUGGUGAUGACCUGGAAGUUUCUGACAAGGAUGGUGAUGGUGAUAUCGACAGUGAGGACUUUGCUCUAAGGAGAGUCAUUUUGACUGACGUCGAUGGUGAUGGGGAUGUUGACGAAGAAGAUGUUAUUGACACCGAUAAUGAUGGUGACAUUGACGAAGACGAUCACGCAAUUGCCGAUAUCGACAAUGAUGGUGAUGUCGACGCUGACGACGUCAAAGCUGCCGACAGAGAUGGUGAUGGUGACAUUGACAUAGCUGACAUUGGUGACGAAGAUGGAGAUGGUGAUUUUGAUGGGUUAGACGUAUUAGCUGCCGAUGAGGAUGGUGAUGGUGACAUUGACGCAAGUGAUGAUAAUGAAGAAAAUGUCCUUUUGGAGGACAGAGAUGGAGACGGUGACAUUGACCGACACGAUGUAACUGAUAUUGACGGUGACGGUGAUAUCGACAUUGAUGAUAUAUCUGCAGCUGAUGUUGAUGACGAUGGUGAUGUAGAUAUGGAUGACUUAAAGGCUGCUGAUAGAGAUGGAGAUGGGGAUGUUGAUGGUGCUGACAUAAUUGACUUUGACGGUGAUGGCAAAAUUGACAGUGAUGAUCUUGAUCUAGAUGACAAAGAUAAUGAUGGUGAUAUUGAUGCCAAAGAUUACAAGUUCAGGAACACGCUUCUGGCGGACACAGAUGACGAUGGUGACAUAGAUGAGGAUGAUGUCCUAGAUAUAGACGGCGAUGGGGACAUUGACGAGGCUGACAUUAAAGCAGCUGACAUUGACGAUGAUGGAGAUGUUGAUGAAGAAGAUGUCAAACAAGGAGACAGAGAUGGAGACAGAGAUAUUGAUGCAUCUGACAUCAGCGACGUUGAUGGUGAUGGCGUUAUCGAUGAAGGAGACUUGGAUGUCAAGGACAGAGAUGGUGACGGAGACGUAGACUCCAUGGAUUUUGCUCUCCGCAAUGUUUUCUUAGAAGAUACGGAUAAUGAUGGUGACAUUGACAUAGAUGAUGUCUUAGAUACCGACGGUGAUGGAGACAUUGAUCAGGAUGACAUUGAUGUUGCAGAUAUUGAUAACGAUGGUGAUGUUGAUGUGCAUGACAUUAGAGCAGCAGACAGGGACCAUGAUGGUGAUAUAGAUGCAAAUGACAUUGGUGAUGAAGAUGGUGAUGGGGAUAUAGAUGGAGAUGAUGUGAUUGCAGCUGAUGAGGAUAAUGAUGGUGACAUUGAUGCCAGUGAUGACAAUGGAGAGCACAUUAUUUUAGCUGAUACAGAUAAAGAUGGAAUCAUUGACAAGAAUGAUGUCAGAGACAUCAACAGAGAUGGUGUCAUUGACCAGAAGGAUAUAGAUGCUGCUGAUGUAGAUAAUGAUGGUGAUUUUGACGCUGACGACAUCAGGGCUGCUGACAAGGAUGGCGACUUAGAUGUGGAUGCAGCUGAUAUCACUGAUGUCAACGGUGAUGGAAUUGUGGACGGUAAUGAUUUACUUGCAUCUGAUAAGGACGGUGAUGGUGACAUCGACCGAAAUGACUUCAGGAACCUGGAUGUCUUUUUAAAGGAUACUGACAGGGAUGGUGACAUUGACGAAGAUGACGUCCUCGACACUGACUUUGACGGUGACGUUGACCAAGAUGACAUAAACGCUGCUGAUGUUGACAACGAUGGUGAUGUUGACAGGGAUGAUGUCAUAGCCGCUGACAUUGAUGGUGAUGGUGAUGUUGACUUCCGUGACAUUGGAGACGUAGACGGUGAUGGAGAUGUUGAUGGAGAUGACCUUGAAAAGGCAGACAGGGACGGUGAUGGAGACGUAGACGCAGCUGAUGAAGGACGUGGAGUCAACGUCAGGAUCAACUGGAAGCCAGACUUCGACAAACAUCCAGGAGUUGACUUCUAUGUGGAAAAGAGGGUGGAAGGCUCCACGACAUGGCAGAAAUCUCCCAUGGAAAGAGAACGCCUCUACCAGACGAUAUCGGGUCUAGACCCAAGGCGAGCCUACGAGGUCAGGAUGGUUGCUAAGGACGGGCCUUACGAGACGCCCUCCAAUAUCAUCCUCAUCCCAGCUUCGGAGGGAGUAAAACGACAUCCAUCUGCCGCAGAGGAAUUCUCCCACCCUGAGAUAGAAACGCCGGAGGAUCCAACCGUGGGAGCCGUCAUGGAGGAGACGAACCCAAUCUUAUGGACCUGGUUCAUCAUCGCCGUCAUGGUCGCCGUCACCAUGAUUUGCAUCGUGUUCUUCUCCAUGUGGGUCUACAGCCACAGGAUAGCGCGGGUGGCUGAGCUCAGAGCAGCUCUGUACGAAGGCUACGAACCAGCCAAGCCCGAGCCCGUCAAGGAAAAGCCCAAAGAGAUGGACGUGGAAGCCAAUAAAACAGACGAAGUCGAGGACGAGAUGUCGGCGAACUAUCAGAGGAACGGAGCUUUCGGAAACAGAAGAUCGUGGUAUCAUGUGCAACUAGCGGCCAUGAUGAAGAGGCAAGAGACCAUCCAGAGCGUGGAUUCCUUCGCCUCUCACGACGACGAUUUUGCUGAAUACGGGGAUGAAAGCAUGGCUAUUGACCUGCUCAGUUCGGUCUCGCUGGUCACGAAUCCCCGGUACCAAAGGCCUCCUCCAGCGCCACGCACCUGAACACCUCAGCCAGGCCGCUUUACUGACGAUGGAUCCCUGAUUCACCAGAAGGUCUGAGAAGAAGAAGACUGGAUCGAGCCCUCCGCCAAAGGGGGAACUUAAUGAUCAUAAGAAGGUCCGAGGACUACCUCUUCGAAGGAUCUUUCGCUCUGACUUUUUUUUUUUUUACUUUUUUUAAUAUUUUAGUGAAAAGAGCGGAAGUGAUCAGGGACCUGUUAACUCCCACUACCUCCUCCCCGCUCCUCCUCCCCCCACCCUCAUACUCCAAACCCGUUCGACACGCUUAAUGAUGAUACUGAGACGUCGCUAGAGCAUUCAUCACUUCUGCCAUCAUCAAAGUCAUCCAGAGAGAAUGAGAGCCCUCAUAUAGCAACAGCAGCGGCAAAUGCCUUUUUCACCCCCAUGGCUCCCUUUCGCCUCACCCGCCAUUGACCCUCGCCAACACUUGAAGUCUCUUAACAGGACACCACUUGCCAUCGUCUCAUCAUCAUCUGAGUUCUUCUCUGAGAGAAGGCAUUUGCUGCUGAUCCACCUUUCCACGUUUCAUGGAUAAAGUGCGCAUGUUUACCGAAGGAGUUUCUAGAUGACAAAUGUCGUCUUUAUUUUCCGAAAAACGCAAACUUUCUGACAAAUGUAGCUCAUAAUGCUGACUUCCGAUAAUCAUAGUCAUUGUUUAGGUAUCGGUCGUUCCAUUGAUUGAGUCUGGUUCUUUACACAUAACUGAACAAAUUAAGUGAAUUGGGAAGUAACCAUACACACACACACACACACAAACAAAUUUAGUCAACUUUAAAUGUUAUGGAAAUGACAUGGCAGAUCUUAUAAUAACUUGUACUAAUGUACAAUAACUCACGAUUAUCUAUUCUCAAACUCAAUGCCAAGGUGGAAUAUGCUAAAAUAUUCUUGCAUGUGUACCGCGAUGAAAAGACAUACUUAUCCAUCAGAGCCUCCUAGAGAAUGCGAAACAAACUAUGUACAAAAAUUCGAGAGUUUCGCCCAUAUGAGAUGAAAUGAAAAGGAAGGAGCUGAGUGAACUGGCACUGGCGCCCUUAGUUUUAUUGCAAUGAACUUCAAGAAGCACUUCAAGAUUGUCUAAGUUAACUAGCAUCAUCGCGUCCGGCCAGCAUUUCUGCUUCAUCUUAAAGAACCCAGAGUUCCUGAUGUUUUUCCAAGAGAAAGGAGACGCUCUUUGGCCCCAGGCUGAAAUUCGAAAUGCAGCUGGAAAACUGACCGGAUGUGAGUUGGAAAGGGAUAGAAGAAGACGGAUACGUUUCCGAUUUUUGUUUCUAGCAAGACUGAUUGAUGCAAGGCAGGAAAAUGUUUGAUAUAGCUACAGUGGUCGAUUUGAACUGAUAAUUAAUGAGAUGAACGAUUUAAUCAGUGAAGCUCUGGAAAGAGAUUUUCGGAAUCGUAAUUCAUGUCUGAAUGGACUUGAGAGGAUGAUUGCAUUGUAGGACUCGUCUGCUUUCUGUCAUGUUAAUCUAAGGACUAGUAUUUGAUCCUAACUGCCAACCUUAUUUUGAUAAUAUUAAUCAAAUUUGUGAUUAUCUGUAUCAACACACAUUGUGGUAAAUGUAGGUGUUGUAUCAAAUGAUGUUCUUCUGUCAGAGUUUCUUGAUUCUCUCAAAACAUGGAAAUGAUCUAAGGAAUCAUACAAAAUAAAAAAAUAAAAAAGUAUUUUUCAACAAGACCGAAGAGGGGACAGUGAGUAUCCCUGAGGGAUGCCCAUGUGUUGUAUUCUUUGGCAUAAGAGUUACUGAACUCAGGCUCUUCUUCAAGUCAAGUUAUUUAUCCAUCUCAGAGGCCGUUAAAAAUAUAACUCACUGAUGUUAAAUUUUUGGAUAAAUCACAUUGCCAAAAUGGGGCUCAAGUCUUCCCUUCGCUCAAAAGUAUGAUACUGACGUCAUCCUUCACUGAAUUCUACUGACGUCUUGUAUGUCAUCUUCUUUUUUAUCAACAUUUCUUUGUUUUGUUUGUCAUUUCACUAUAAUAUUUAUGUCAGCAGCCACAUUGUUACAUCAGUGUUGCCAUUUUCCGUUUCUUCAUUAAAAGUUGAUAACUGAUCAAGAGUUUCUAGACGCAGUUCUAAACAUUCAAAUGUCAAUGGACAGAGUUCCUCUUAGAGGCUUUGUCUUUUACCAUUCCCCAUCUAUGUGUGAUCGAAGGAAGACACUACAUAUAUAUAUAUAUAUAUAUAUAUAUAUAUAUAUAUAUAUAUAUAUAUAUAUAUAUAUAUAUUUAUAUAUUACAAAAAAAUAGUGUCUGGUUCUCUAAGUCAUUCAGGUGAACAUUUUGUUUUUUCGUUGCUAGAAUUUUCAGUUUUUACAAAUAUUCCGAGAAGAGCAUAUAGAUCUAUGCGUGUACAUAUACCGCACUGCAUAGUUAUAGGGGUACAUAAGUAUACCAGAAAUGUACUGUAUAUGUACACGGUAUGCAUCUAUAUGUAAGCGUGCGUGUGUAUAUCUAUAUACACUCGUACAAUGUGUAUGUACGUUCAUGUACUAUAUGUACAGUUAGUAGUGUCCGUAAGCCUUCUGUAGUACUUGGUGCCUUGUCGUGCAACACUUCGAAUUUGACAGCAGUGCUAAUGUGAAGAACAAAAACAAAUGGGUGCUUGAGGUGACGGCGUUUGUGAUAGAAAAUAAAGUUAAUCUGAGCAGCAUUAUUGAACUGUUUUUAUUUUAUUUUACUCUCUUUUUAGCCUGAAGAGUAGAGAUGACUCCAAUUAGCCGUAAUGAAUCAUAACAGGUAGAAGAAUGUUUGCGAGAAAGUGAAGGGAUUAUCUGAUAUCUUGGGCGCUUUGGUUUUCAUCUCUCCGUCAUUCAUUAUUCGGUUUUACUCUUUUGAUUUUAUCAUUGUCACCUCCGCGUACAUUGACCAUGUUAUAUGUUUGUUGUGAAAGAUGUCAUCGUACAAUUACUCAAAAUCAGAAUCGUAGCGAAAAAUGAUUGGUGUUCACCAAAUCAGUCAACAUGGCUUCCGUUGCCUUCUGUGACUCUCUCAUUUCGUCUUAGUGUUCAGUGGUUAUAAGUCUUCCUAUUCAUCUACUUUUUAAUAAAACAGAUUUAAGCGAUUCACCAAUGAACCCUCAGCGUCAACAGUGAUACUACUUUACUAGUAAUGAACAUUUUGAUUUUCCUGUGCAUUUGUUGUCUUUUGCCAGGGAACAUAAAAUUCGAACGAAUGCUGCGGGACUUUCUCAUAGUUAGAAACAAAUUAUGUAUAGCUGUAUAAUAUAUAUUUCUGGCAUGUUCAGUCAUCCAGCUUUCAUUGCCAAAAAACUACUUUUGGCUCCAUUGCAUGUCUCAUCAUAUAAACAAGUCCAGCAAAUGAAAGAAUCAUUAGUGAAUACAAUGCAGUACUUUAGAAUUGUAAUAUAUAUUUUCUCUGAUUCUAAGUGAAACGAUUAAAAAGUGUCCAGAUGGUAUUUUAAUGUUGUAUGUUUACAUACCCUGACAAAUCUCUUAUGCUAUUGGGAAUUCUCUGUAAAAUAUUGUACUAUACUCAAACUGAUGCAAGUCUGUCUGUCUGUCUGUCUGUCUGUUCCUCCCUGCCAACCUCUUCCCAUCUUUUCCUUUCCCAUUCCUCCUCUCUCCGUAACCUUGUGCUAUUUUAUGUAUUUUUGAUCUAAUUUUAUGAUGAUACUUUUGGAGAAUAAAAAUGAGUAUCAUA